GAGUGGCGUGCGUGGACUCUCUCCUCUUCCUCACGCAGCAGAGCCGUGGAACGUCUGCAGCUCAGCUCGGGUCCGACUCCGCCGGGACUCACCGGGGACGCCCCCACAGCUGCCGCAGUUCAGUGGAAUCUUCGCGCGGUGUUGUGGCGCCUCCACAUGGAGGAGAGCAGAAGUGCGGCGGCAGCGGAGAAGCGCGGGAGCAGAGCGCUCGACCGGCGCCGCCACAUGGUCACCCGAGCUCUGGAGCUCCACAGGCUGGCCCGAGACAGUCCCGCUCCACACCGCCCCCUCGCGGUAAGCGCCCGCUGGCCUGACUCCGACUCUGGGUCUGCCCUGCUCGAGCGGCGCCGGCAGAGGCACUUCCUGACUCUCAAGCAGCUGGUGGAGGCGCGUGCUGUCGCCGCCGUCCCUCCCUCGUGGCUGGACUCGGUGUCCGGCCGGGUUCCGGCCCAGCUCCGAGAGCCCCGAGGCGGCCUCCUCCUGGACCUCUGUGGAGAAGUCAGCCGGGACUUCCAGGCCGUCAUGAUGAAGCACACGGUGGACACGGUGCUGAAGGACCCAGAAGAGAGCGGGAGCGGGUCGCAGCUCAGGUAUCCUCCAGCCCGGAGGUCAGGAGUGCUGUGUUCCAGAGCCGGGGACGGCUGCGCCACCUGGCGGCAGAAGUUCCUCAGCGUGCGGCGAGCCAUGGAGACGGACCUUCACGCUCUUCAUCCCGUCAUGCAGAGGCUGCUGGAGCUCUGCCAGGCCACCUUCUCCCCUCUGGUUCUGGUCCGACUCAGCAGCUACAGGGAGUCGGGGCCCCUGGACUGUCGGGUCCUGGUGAAGCGGGCGGCGCUGGAGUGCAGGCGUCUGGAGGAGCAGCUCACCAGCAGCUGGUUCCCUAAAGUGGUGCACCUGCUGACCCGCAGAGACACGGCGGCGCCGCUGCUGAGGGAGGAGAGGCUCCAAAGCUUCCACAAGUGCGCCACCACCCUGCUGUCCAACCAGAUCAAAUGGCUUCUGUGCAGGAGUGUUCAGGAGCUCGUGGACGUCUUCCAGUCCGGCGACCUUCCUCUCCUGAGAAUGACCUUGACCUUUGACCACCAGAAGAUGGACAUUUAUCCGAGUCCAGGAGACGUCCAGGUCACGCUCCUGGAGAUCCUUGACUGCGUUGCCAGCACGCUGCAGAGAGUCCAGACGGUCCGGUCCUGGUUGUCACCCAGCGCCUCAGAGUUUGUGGAGGCCAACGUCCCAGACGAGGUUCUGACUGAGGCCCGGCUCACUGUGAGGUCGGUGGUGUGCAGGAACCUGGAGGAACCGGAGCAGCACUUCCACAGCCUCGUGAGGCGCUUCAGCUGGCUGGUGGAUGGGUCAGCCCGGCGCCGAGUGGAGAACUUUGUGACUGGAGAACCAUCCCUGGAGGACUAUGUCGGGCAGGUGGAAGAGCUCCAGGCUCUGUCCAAGACCCUCAUGAGCCUCCCUGAGACAGUUGGCUUCAAAAUGGUCCACCUGCACUGUGGGGAGCUGAUCCAGGGUCUGAGGGCCACGGCCCAGGACUUAACUGAGCGCCUGCUAAAGAACCUGCUGGUCCGACACCGCGAGGAAGCGCUGCAGAUCUGUGCAGAGUUGGAGCUCGUCCGAGACAGAGCCCUGAAGGUUCCCCUAACCACCGAGGACAUCGCUGGGCUGGCAAAGUACCUGGAGGAGACGGCCAGCAGGACGGUGGAGGGUCUCCAGGGCCGGAUCACGGGUGCCUCCCGCAGACUGCUCUUCCUUCUCCAAGUCCGAGGCCUGGACCCUGAAGACCGGCAGCUCAACGCCAGGCUCUUCCUGUGGCCCUGUGAGAUCCGACAGGUGUUUGAGCGCGGCGCUCGGGUGGUGGAAGAAGCCAAGGGGGCGGGGCAGCGCCAGCUGAUGGACAGACGGCAGCAGCUGCAGCUCCGGCUGGAGAAGCUGAGACGAAGAAUGGCUGACCUGCCGCGUUACUCCGAGCUCCAGCUGAUGGAGCAGUACGUAUCGGACGUCAGGACAAUCCAGAAGCUGCUCCUGGAGGCCGAGGAGGAGGCGGCCUGCAUAAACAGGGAGGAGGACUUCUAUCAGCUGCAGCCGUCCCAGUAUCCAGACGUCCAGACCUUCAAGGAGGCCAUCGAGCCGUACCAGAAGCUGUUUGGGCUGAUUCUGACCUGGCAGCGAACGCAGCACAGGUGGAUGGAUGGCCCCUUCCUGCACCUGAAUGGAGAGAACAUGGCAGCCAAGGUGGAUGAGUUCCACAGAGAGACCUUCAAGAUGACGAAGGCCUUCCAGCAGCGGCAGAACAGCAGUGUGCCCAGUCCCAUGCUGAGCCUCUGUUCUGCUGUCCUGGACCAGGUCCAGGAGUUCAAGGAUCACCUCCCUCUGGUGUCCCUCCUGUGUCACCCUGGGAUCAGACCACGUCACUGGACCAUGAUGUCAGAGGUCGUCGGUGAUGACGUCACACCGGACUCCAGCACAACACUGCGGAAAGUGCUGAUGAAGAAUCUGAGCGCUCAUCUGGACCAGUUCCAGUCCAUCAGUGCCACCGCCUCCAAGGAGUUCUCGCUGGAACGCACCAUGGACAACAUGGAGGACGCUUGGGGAGACGUGACCUUUCACCUGCAGCCCUACAGGGAGACUGGGGUGGACAUCCUGACCUCACCGGAUGAGGUCCAGGCUCUACUGGACGACCAACUGGUGAAGAGCCAGACCAUCAGAACGUCCCCCUUCAUCAAGCCCUUUCAGACCCGGGUCAAGAGGUGGGAGGCCCGUCUGCUUCUGCUGCAGGAGACACUGGACGAGUGGCUGAAGGUCCAGGCCCAGUGGCUGUACCUGGAGCCGGUCUUCUCCUCACAGGACAUCCUGCAGCAGAUCCCAGAAGAGGGGCAGCUCUUCCAGAGCGUGGACAGGAGCUGGCGGGACCUGAUGAGGCGAUGCGCCCAGGACGCCAAGAUCCUGUCCGCUGCCUCUGAACCAGGCCUCCUGGAGAAGCUCCAGAACUGCAGUGUGAUGCUGGAGAACAUCAUGAAGGGACUGAACGCCUAUUUGGAGAAGAAGCGUCUCUUCUUCCCACGGUUCUUCUUCCUGUCCAAUGAUGAAAUGUUAGAGAUCCUGUCUGAGACCAAAGACCCAUUGAGAGUCCAGCCACACCUGAAGAAAUGCUUCGAGGGUAUUUCCAGACUAGAGUUCCUGCCUGACCUUGACAUCCAGGCCAUGUUGAGCAGCGAGGGCGAGCGGGUGGAGCUGGUCCAGAAGGUCUCCACAUCUCAGGCCCAAGGUUCCGUCGAGAAGUGGCUGCUGCAGGUGGAGGACGCCAUGAUCUGCAGUGUCCGGGAUGUGGUGGCACGGUCCAGAGAGGACUACAGUCAGAAGCAGAGGGUCCGCUGGGUGCAGGAGUGGCCCGGGCAGGUGGUUCUGUGCACCUCCCAGAUCUACUGGACUCUGGAGGUCCAUGAGGCCAUCAGAGCAGGGCCCGCUCCACAGGGUCUGCGGGGCUACUACAGGCAACAGCAAGAGCAGCUGAGGGACAUUGUAGAAGUGGUGCGUGGAAAACUGCCCACACAGAUCCGGAUCACUCUGGGCGCGCUGGUCACCAUGGAUGUCCAUGCCCGGGAUGUGGUCAUGGAGCUGAUGGAGAGAGGUGUGACCGAGGAGACGGACUUUCACUGGCUCGCUCAGCUGCGCUACUACUGGACCCAGGAGAAUGUCCGUGUCCUGAUCAUCAACUGCGAUGUGAAGUACGCGUACGAGUACCUUGGAAACUCGCCCCGUCUGGUCAUCACGCCGCUGACUGACCGCUGCUACCGAACCCUGAUAGGAGCUUUCUCCAUGAAUCUGGGUGGGGCCCCAGAAGGUCCGGCGGGGACUGGGAAGACAGAGACCACCAAAGAUCUGGCCAAAGCCCUGGCGGUCCAGUGCGUGGUCUUCAACUGCUCCGACGGUCUGGACUACCUGGCCAUGGGCAAAUUCUUCAAAGGUCUGGCGUCCUCUGGAGCGUGGGCCUGCUUGGACGAGUUCAACCGCAUCGAGCUGGAGGUUCUGUCAGUGGUGGCCCAGCAGGUUCUCUGCAUACAGCGGGCCAUCGAGUCCAGACUUGACAUCUUCCAGUUCGAGGGGACGAGCCUGAAACUCAACCCCAACUGCUUUGUGUCCAUCACCAUGAAUCCGGGCUACACUGGACGCUCUGAGCUUCCCGAUAACCUCAAGGUUCUGUUCCGGACAGUGGCCAUGAUGGUUCCCAACUACGCCCUGAUCGCGGAGAUCUCGCUGUACUCGUACGGCUUCCUCGACGCCAAGCCGCUGUCGGUGAAGAUCGUGAUGACCUACCGACUCUGCUCCGAGCAGCUCUCCUCACAGUUCCAUUAUGACUAUGGGAUGCGGGCGGUCAAGGCUGUGCUGGUGGCGGCAGGAAACCUGAAGCUGACUCACCCGGAGGAGAACGAGGACCUUCUGCUGCUCCGGUCCAUCAAGGACGUGAACGAGCCCAAGUUCCUCUCCCACGACGUUCCUCUCUUCCACGGAAUCACCAGCGACCUGUUCCCCGGAGUUUCUCUUCCCCAGGCCGGACACCAGGUCAGACCUAGAGACUCGUUGCUGGUGGCGGCUGAAGACGCCUGCAGGACUCACAAGGUUCAGCCGACACCUGUGUUUCUCCAGAAGUUGAUCCAGACCUACGAAAUGAUGAGCGUCCGUCACGGGUUCAUGCUGGUGGGCGCCCCCUUUGCCGGAAAAACAACGGUGCUUCACGUUCUGGCAGCGGCUCUGACUCUGAUGAAGCAGCAUGGCCUGGGUGACGAAGAGGCCGUGGUCUUCAGGACCCUCAACCCAAAGUCCGUUACCAUGGGCCAGCUGUUCGGGCAGUUUGACCCCGUUUCUCAUGAGUGGGCCGACGGAAUUGUGGCGAAUACUUUCCGGGAGUUUGCGUCGGCUGAUAGGCCCGAGCGCCGGUGGGUGGUGUUCGACGGCCCGGUGGACACGCUGUGGAUCGAGAGCAUGAACACGGUUCUGGAUGACAACAAGAAGCUGUGUCUGAUGAGUGGCGAGAUCAUCCAGAUGUCCCGCCGCAUGAGUCUCAUCUUUGAGACGCAAGACCUCGACCAGGCCUCGCCUGCCACCGUCAGCCGCUGUGGGAUGGUCUACAUGGAACCUGCUCAGCUAGGCUGGCGGCCCCUGGUGGACUCUUGGAUCGGAGGACUUCCUGUGGGGCUCCAGAAGCCGGAGAGUGCUUCACUGCUGCUGGACCUCUUCAGCUGGCUCCUGCCACCCGCCUUCAGGCUGCUGCGGCGACACUGCAGGGAAGUGGUGUCCACCAGCAGCAGCGGCCUGGUGGUGUCUCUGUGUCGACUCUUCCAGAUGGUCCUCACAGAACCGCUCCAAACCAGUCCCUCGGCCAGAGACCUGCACACCUGGACACUGGCGGCGUUUGUGUUCUCGCUGCUCUGGUCCGUCGGUGGCUGCUGCGACGCCGAAGGCAGAGACAGGUUCAGCGACUUUGUGAGAGCCACGGUGAAGGGAAGAACCGAGGGUUGUCCCAUCCCUGCCACGGUGGGGAAGUGGACGUGUCCCCUGGAGGAGAAGGACACGCUCUACGAAUACUACUACGAGUUCCUAGGGAGAGGCCGCUGGGUUCAUUGGAAGGACGGCAUCCAAGAUGUGCAGCUGUCGGACGAGUGCGGCCGAGACAUCAUCGUUCCCACCGUGGAUACGCUGCGAUAUUCCUUCCUCAUGGAUCUGUGCAUCAAACACGGACAUCCUCUCCUGCUGGUGGGUCCCACUGGAACUGGGAAGUCGGUGUACGUGAAGCAGAAGCUGCUGAAGGAUCUGGACCCAGAACGCUUCUCACCCUUCUUCCUCAGCUUCUCGGCUCGUAGCGGGGCGAACCAAACGCAGAAGCUCAUCGUGUCCAGGCUGGACAAGAGAAGGAAAGGUGUGUUGGGGCCGCCGGCAGGACGGAAGUGUGUGCUCUUUGUGGACGACCUGAACAUGCCGGCGCCGGAGCCCUCCGGCGCGCAGCCGGUGGUGGAGCUGCUGCGUCAGCACGUGGACCAUGGCCACUGGUACGACCUGAAGGACACGUCGCGGAUCACGCUGGUGGACCUUCAGCUGGUUGCAGCAAUGGGUCCCCCUGGUGGUGGGAGGAACGCUGUGACGCCUCGCUUCCUGCGGCACUUUAACAUUUUCAGCAUAAACCCUUUUGACGAUGGCGCCAUGGUCCGGAUCUUCUCCACCAUUGUCAGCCUCCACCUGAAGACCCAGCGCUUCCCUCCCGAGUUCUUCUCUGUUGGGAAGCAGAUUGUGCUGGCGACUCUGGAGGUGCACCAGAGCGCCACGCGGCACCUGCUCCCCACGCCCGCCAAGUCCCACUACACCUUCAACCUGCGCGACUUCUCGCGGGUGGUGCGCGGCUGUUUGCUGCUCAAGAAGGAGUCGCUGGAGAACAAGCGUACGAUGACGCGCCUGUUUGUCCAUGAGGUGUUUCGAGUUUACCACGACCGGCUGGUGGACGACUCGGACCGGACCUGGCUCUUCCAGCUGGUGUCCCGACUUGUCAAGAAGCACUUCGAAGAGUCUGUGGAGCAGCUGUUGGGCCACCUGAGGCGAGGAAGUGAACUGGUGGAGAGCGACCUGCAGGACCUCUUGUUCGGCGACUACAUGAGUCCAGAUCUGGAGGGGGAUGCGCGCCCGUACUCCGAGGUCCUCUCCAUGGAUGGUUUCGCUGAUGUGGUUCAGGCCUGUCUGGACAACUACAACCAGACCCAGAGGAGCCGCAUGAAUCUGGUGAUCUUCCGCUACGUCCUGCAGCACCUGUCCCGCGUCAGCCGGGUGUUGAAGCAGCCGGCAGGAAACGCCCUCUUGGUGGGGGUGGGAGGGAGCGGCCGGCAGUCCGUCACUCGCCUGGCUGCUUUCAUGGCGCACAUGACGGUCUUCCAACCCAAGGUCUCCAAGAGCUACAGUAGCGUGGAAUGGAGGGACGACCUGAAGAUGCUUCUGAGGAACGCUGGCAUCAAAGGUCAGAAGAGUGUGUUUCUCUUGACCGACGCUCAGAUCACCGACGAGGACUUCCUUGAGGACGUGGACGGUCUGCUUAACACCGGCGAGGUCCCCGAUCUGUUUGCUCCAGACGAGAAGCAGGAGAUCUUGGAGGUGAGUCCGAAACGGCCAUCAAUGGCUCGCCGCCUCACCGUCGCCCCCCUGCAGGCCGUCCGCCCUGCUGCUCAGCUCGGCAGCCAGAACCUGGACCUGAGUCCCCUGAGUCUCUUCGCCUUCUUCGUUGAGCGCUGUCGGCAGAACCUCCACGUGAUCGUGGCCUUCAGUCCAGUGGGCGACGCCUUCAGGAACCGCUUGAGACACUUCCCCUCACUGAUCAACUGCUGCACCAUUGACUGGUUCCAGCCGUGGCCCGAGGAGGCGCUGGAGCGAGUGGCAGAGUCGUUUCUGGUGACGCUUCAGAUGAGUGCAGAGCUGAGGCAGAACAUCAUUCCCAUCUGCAAAAGCUUCCACACAUCUGCCAAGCAGCUCUCCGACCGGUUCCUGACGGACCUGGGACGACACAACUACGUGACGCCCACCUCAUUCCUGGAGCUGAUGGAGGCCUUUGGUCUGCUCCUGACGCAGAAGCAAGAGGCCGUGCUGAAGGCCAAGCUGCGAUACGUCGGCGGCCUGGACAAACUGGCCCUGGCCGAGUCUCAGGUGGGAGAGAUGAAGAAGGAACUGCUGGAGCUGCGGCCCAGACUGGAGCUGGCCAGGGAGGAGAACAGCGCCAUCAUGAAGGUGAUCCAGGUGGAGUCUGAGCAAGUGGAAGCCAAGAGCAGAGUGGUGCGCGUGGACGAAGAAGCAGCGACGCUACAGGCUGACGCGGCUCAGGCUCUGAAGAAGGAAUGUGAGAGCGACUUGGCCCAGGCCAUUCCGGCUCUGGAGGCGGCGCUGGUUGCUCUGGACACCCUGAAGCCUUCCGAUGUGACCAUCGUGAAGUCCAUGAAAAACCCGCCCUCCAGCGUGAAGUUGGUCACGGCAGCCGUCUGUGUGAUGAAGGACAUCAAGCCGGACAAGAUCGCGGACCCUGCAGGCACCGGCAAGAAGAUCCUGGACUACUGGGGGCCCAGCAAAAAGCUUCUUGGAGACCUGAACUUCUUGCGAGACCUGAAGGUCUACGAUAAAGACCACAUUCCUGUUUCUGUCAUGCAGAAGAUCCGGAGCGAGUACAUGACCAACCCUGACUUCAACCCGGCCGUUGUGGCCAAGGCCUCCUCGGCAGCCGAGGGUCUCUGCAAGUGGAUCCAGGCCAUGGAGGUCUACGACCGGGUGGCAAAGGUCGUGGCACCCAAGAAGUUGAGCCUAGAAGCGGCGCAGGAGUCCCUGGCUGCCACCGUGGUUCUCCUGGACCAGAAGCGGGCUGAGCUGAUGGGUGUGGAGCAGCGUCUGGCGGCACUUCAGAAAACCUUUGCUGAGAAGACCGAGGAGAAGGUUCGGCUGGAGCAGCAGGUGGACGCCUGCGCCCGCAAGCUGCAGCGCGCCGAGAAACUGAUCGGUGGUCUUGGCGGAGAGAAGACAAGAUGGUCCACAGCAGCAGACCACCUUCAGAAAACCUACGACACUCUGACGGGGGAUGUUCUCAUCUCCGCCGGGGUCAUCGCCUACCUGGGAGCCUUCACCGCCGCCUUCAGGCAGCUAGCCACCGAGUCCUGGACCUCGCUGUGCCGAAGCCGUGGCGUUCCUUCGUCGGACAGCUUCUCCCUGACCAAAACUCUGGGGGACCCCCUCAGGAUCCGGGCCUGGAACAUCUGCGGCCUCCCGACCGACUCCUUCUCGGUGGACAACGGCGUCAUCGUCAGCACCUCUCGCCGCUGGCCGCUGAUGAUCGACCCUCAAGGUCAAGCCAACAAGUGGGUGAAGAACUCUGAGAAGGAGAACAACCUGAGCGUGAGCCGGCUGACGGACGCAGACUUCAUGAGGACUCUGGAGAACUGCGUCCAGUUUGGAACGCCGCUGCUGCUGGAGAACGCUGGCGAAGAGCUGGAGCCAUGUCUGGAGCCGGUGCUGCUCAAGCAAACCUUCACGCAAGGUGGCCUGGACUGCAUCCGCCUGGGCGAGACUGUGAUGGAGUACUCCAGCAGCUUCCGCUUCUACAUCACCACCAAGCUGAGGAACCCACAUUUCCUGCCGGAAUUCUCCACCAAGGUCACGCUGCUCAACUUCAUGAUCACCUCUGAAGGCUUGGAGGAGCAACUGCUGGGCACCCUGCUGGCCAAAGAGAGGCCGGAGCUGGAGGAGCAGAGAAACGCUCUGCUCCUGCAGUCUGCUGACAACAAGCGGCAGCUGAAGCAGAUGGAGGAGCAGAUCUUGGAGACGCUUCAGUCGUCCGAGGGCAACAUCCUGGAGGACGAAAGCGCCAUCCAGAUCCUGGACUCCGCCAGAGACAUGUCCUCUCAGAUCUCGCAGAAGCAGCUGACGGCCGAGCGGACGGAGCAGCAGAUGGCAGAGUCCAGGGAGGGCUACAGAGCCGUGGCGCGACACGCCUCCGUUCUCUUCUUCACCGUGGCUCAGCUGGCCGACGUCCAGCCCAUGUACCAGUACUCCCUGUCCUGGUUCACCGGCCUCUACGGCAGGUCCAUCGACGACAGCAACAAGUCCAAGGUCCUGGAGCGAAGACUUCGCUACUUGAUGGAUCACUUCACCUUCAGUCUCUACACCAACGUGUGUCGCUCGCUGUUGGAGAAGGACAAGCUGCUCUUCUCCUUCCUGCUCUGCUGCCAGCUCCAGCUGGCCUCGGCUGAGAUCCAGCGCUCGGACUUCCUCUUCUUCCUGACGGGAGGCGUGGGGCUGCAGGACGCCGGCGCCAACCCGGAGCCCAGCUGGCUGCCCGACCGGAGCUGGGAGCAGAUCUGCCGUGCCGACCAGCUGCCGGGGCUCCGGGGCGUCAGAGAGGCCUUGCUCCAGGGGCCUGCGGAGUUUCGACAGCUGCACGAGAGCAAGGAGCCGUGGAACUGCGCCCUCUCGGGCCCCUGGUGGCGGGAGCUCAACGCGCUGCAGAGGAUGAUCCUGCUGCGCUGCCUGCGGCCGGAGAAGCUGCUUCCCGCCGUGGUCAAGUACGUGGCGGCGCACCUGGGGAAGGCGUUCGUGCAGCCGCCCACGUUCGACCUCGGCAAGAGCUUCCGGGAGUCCUCCGCCUGCUGCCCCCUGGUGUUGGUGCUGUCGCCCGGAGCCGACCCCAUGGCCGGUCUGCUCAAGUUUGCGGAGGACAGGAAGAUGGGCGGGGCCAGGUUCCAGACCGUGUCGCUGGGUCAGGGUCAGGGUCCGAUCGCCGCCAAGAUGAUCAGCGCCGCCAUGCAGGAGGGAUGGUGGGUGUGUCUGCAGAACUGCCACCUGGCCGAGUCUUGGAUGUCCUCUCUGGAGAAGAUCUGCGAGGACCUGAGCCCCGACACCUGCCACCCGGACUUCCGCCUCUGGCUCACCAGCUACCCCUCGCCCAAGUUCCCGGUCAGCGUCCUGCAGAACGGGGUGAAGAUGACGAACGAGCCUCCGGCUGGACUUCGGCUCAACCUCUUGCAGUCCUUCCAGUCGGACCCCAUCUCGGACCAGAGCUUCUUCGGCAGCUGUCCCAACAAGGAGCUGGUCUGGGAGAAACUUCUGUUUGGACUCUGCUUCUUUCACGCGCUGGUUCAGGAGCGGAAGGCUUACGGGCCGCUGGGCUGGAACAUUCCCUACGGCUUUAAUGAGUCGGACCUUCGGAUCAGCGUCCGCCAGCUGCAGGUGAGUGCGGCUCCCCAGGGUGAAGGCUGCUGCUGCCACGUGGCUCCGCUGGCCUCGCAGAUGUUCGUGAGCCAGUACGAGGAGGUCCCCUUCGAGGCCAUCAGCUACCUGACCGGCGAGUGCAACUACGGCGGGCGUGUUACGGAUGACUGGGACCGCCGGCUGCUGAUGACCCUGCUGGCGGACUUCUACAACCGCGAUGUGAUCGAGAAAUCCCGCUAUCCCUUCUCACCCAGCGGAGAAUACUUCUCCCCGCCCAAGUCCUCCUAUGAAGGCUACCUGGAGUUCAUCCAGGGACUCCCUCCGUCCCAGAGCCCCGAGGUGUUCGGACUGCACCAGAACGCCGACAUCUCCAAAGACCUCCGGCAGACCAGGCAGCUGCUGGACUCGCUGCUGCUGACGCAGGGCCGGGUGGCGGCUGGUGGCGCCGCCAGCGAUGCCGCUCUCUGCGACGUGGCGCGCGACAUACUCACCAAGCUUCCUCCGAACUUCGACACGGAGGCAGUCUCGCUGAAGUUCCCGGUCCUCUACGAGGAGAACAUGAACACGGUUCUGGUCCAGGAGAUGCAGCGCUACAACACGCUGUGCAGCGUGAUCCGGCUCAGCCUGCAGGACCUGCAGAAGGCCACCCAGGGUCUGCUCCUGAUGGACUCAGCCCUGGAGGACGUGGCCAGCAGCCUGGCGGUUGGGAAGGUCCCGGAGAAGUGGGCGCGCCGCUCCUACCCGAGCCUGAAACCACUGGGCAGCUACAUUAGCGACCUGCUGCUCAGACUCCAGUUCCUGCAGGACUGGUACCGGACCGGUCAGCCCGCUGUCUUCUGGCUGCCGGGCUUCUUUUUCACGCAGGCCUUCCUGACCGGAGCGCUGCAGAACUUUGCACGGAAGUGCCACGUCCCCAUCGACCUGCUGCGCUUCCACUUCCAAGUCCUUCCCUUCGACACGUCAGAGUCGGCGCCUGGCCACGGCGUCUACGUUCACGGCUUGUUUCUGGAUGGGGCCCGGUGGGACCGCGAAAGCGGCAUCCUGGACGAGCAGUGGCCCAAAGUUCUGUUCGACCCGAUGCCCGUCAUCUGGAUCCGACCCACUCAGCAGGAGGUGGCGAGACGGGACCUGUACGAGUGUCCUCUGUACAAGACCAGCGACAGGAAGGGGGCGCUGUCCACCACCGGACACUCCACCAACUACAUCAUCAGCCUGCAGUUGCCCACCAGCAGGGGGCCGCUGCACUGGGUGAAGAGAGGCGUGGCUCUGCUCUGCCAGCUGGACGACUGACGACCACCUGCUGCAGGACUCUGCUCACAGUCAUCCCGGGCCUCUGCCGCUUCUGUCCGUCCUGCGCUCCGCACUGAGCCUGUGUUUACAUCCGCGUCUCAUAAAUAAAG